AUGACUACUUCUUCAAAAUUCAACCACUUUAGAUCAAUCAGUUUGCCGGGAAGAUCACAUCCAACAACUCAAAGAGUUGAAGAGGCACUCAACAACCUUAAAACAUUGAAAAUAUCGAGUGAAUCGACAUUUCAGACUAUGCACGAUGGUCUACUAGGUUUAGAGGAGUUAUACAAGUGUGUGAAUGAUCUACUUAACUUGCCUCAGGCUCUCCUAUUCUUCUCCCAACAUCAACACGAAAAAUGGGUUAAGGAUUUAUUGGAUAAGUCUGAGAGGCUUCUCGAUGUGUGUGCCGCUAUAAGGGAACUUGUCUUACAACGUAAGGAAAACGUAAGAGAUCUUCAAUUCUCUCUCAGAAGGAGUAAAGGGGAUUCAACAACAGAAACCAACAUCGUCAAGUUCGCCUCCUCCAACAAGAAGAUAAAGAAAGAAGCGAAGAAAUUAAUAUUGACCUUGAAGAAAAUGGAUCAUGAGACUUCUGAAGGAUCAUCAGUAUUCCUAGAUGCAGACCAAGACACGGUAGAUAUGAUUAAAACACUAAGGGAAGCUAACACGAUACGCCUUUCCACUUUCCAAAUGUUCUUGUCCUUAUUUUCUGACCCGCUUUUGAAGCCAAAACAAUCUAAAAGGUCAUUGGUUUCAAGACUGGUAAACAAAGGAAGAAUACCAUGCGAAGGCGAAGAAGAAAAAAUGGACUUUGAAGUCAGAGUGGAAUCGUUCGAAUCUCACCUUGACAACUUUGAAAAUGGUUUGGAAGGACUAUUUAGGUGUAUGGUUAGAUCAAGGAGUUCUCUCCUAAACAUCUUCUCCUGCUAA